CUUUUGCGAUUACAGCGCGGUCUCAAAUGCGCCUGGACCGAUCAGACAGUAAAAGCUGACAUGUCCUCAUGGUUGGUAAAUACUACAGGCCAAGAAAACCGCUGGAUACCUACUGAUCUUUAUCAAGAGCAUAAUAACCUGCUCAUCAAAAAGAUGCAC